AAGACGCUGGCCGAAAGUCGCGAAGGGCCAGUGCUCGACUCACGGAGGAGUAGGGUUGGCGCGCAUGCUAUUCUCGACUUUUUAAUUCAACAUUUGUGUUUUUAAGUCGCUCGGCGGCGCUUUCGAAAAGCCCGUGACACUUCGAAGCCGUUUAAACUUGAAGUGGUUUUAUGUAAGUCGUCUUUUUAACUCUCUGAGCCCUGAAUUGGUGGGUUGACCCUCGACAUGGAUAUUAGCUAGCUUAGCUAACGUUAGUCACCAAGAAACCGAAAUAACGGCGCAUCAGAGGGUCCGUGUCAGAGUUUUAUCGCUUUUAAACGUAGUUUGUGUGCCUGGAGUCGAGCUCUCUGAGGCAAAUCUUCGCCUUGGGUGUUGCCAAAGAAAGACUGAAGUUCGGGAGAAGUAGCUAAGUUAAUUGUUGAAGAUAGGGAAGAAAAGAGCUGGGAGAUGUUGACUAACGCCAACAGUCCGCCGAAGUUUCCAAACCAGCAACAACAACAACAGCAGCAGCAGCAACAACAGAAUACAGCCCAAUUCAUGAUGGGAAAAGCCUCACUUCAGAUCAAGAAAAAUGCCAUAACUGACGACUACAAGGUCACUAGCCAGGUCCUGGGGCUGGGCAUCAAUGGCAGGGUUCUGGAGAUCUUUCACAAGAGGAGUGGGGAGAAGUAUGCUUUAAAGAUGCUUCAUGACUGUCCCAAAGCUAGACGAGAGGUGGAGCUGCACUGGCGGGCAUCCUCAUGUACCCAUAUCGUCAGGAUUAUUGACGUCUAUGAGAAUCUCUACCAAAACAGGAAGUGCCUUCUUAUUGUAAUGGAGUGCAUGGAUGGUGGUGAGCUGUUCAGUCGGAUUCAGGACAGAGGGGACCAGGCAUUUACUGAGAGAGAGGCUUCUGAUAUCAUGAAGAGUAUAGGAGAGGCCAUUCAGUAUUUACAUGCAAUAAACAUCGCACACCGAGACGUCAAGCCAGAGAACCUCUUAUAUACCUCUAAAAGGCCCAACGGCCUUCUCAAACUGACAGACUUUGGGUUUGCAAAAGAGACAACCUCACACAACUCUCUGGCCACCCCUUGCUAUACUCCUUAUUAUGUUGCCCCAGAGGUUCUUGGUCCAGAAAAGUAUGACAAGUCCUGUGACAUGUGGUCUUUGGGUGUCAUCAUGUAUAUUCUGCUUUGUGGUUACCCACCUUUCUAUUCCAACCACGGAUUGGCUAUAUCCCCUGGUAUGAAAAAACGAAUCCGCAUGGGGCAGUAUGAGUUUCCAAAUCCUGAAUGGUCGGAAGUUUCAGAGGAAGCCAAGCAGCUCAUCAGAACAUUACUGAAAACUGAGCCGACACAAAGGAUGACCAUCACAGAGUUUAUGAACCACCCCUGGAUCAAUCAAUCAAUGGAGGUGCCACAGACGCCCCUACACACCAGCCGUGUUCUGAAAGAAGAGAAAGACGCAUGGGAGGAUGUCAAGGAAGAAAUGACUAGUGCCUUGGCAACAAUGAGAGUCGACUAUGAGCAGAUCAAAAUCAAGAGGAUUGAAGACUCGUCCAAUCCACUGCUGAUGAAGAGGAGAAAGAAAACCAACAAUACAGCUGCUGAAAACGAGACGCCCGCUUGCUAAGGACACAUUCACACCGUCGCACAAGCACACACAUUUUACACUCAUACAUCAGUUGAAAAGUUUGAAUUAAGGAACCAAUAACUCAACAAAAAAGUGAAAGUGAGCUGCUUCUUUUUUUUUUCUUUUUUUUUUUUUUAAGUAUUUCUUUUUAAUCACUCAAUAUCUGUAACUAAUACACCACUUUGCUACCAAAAGAAAGGGUCUGUACAAUUAUGGUACAAGACUGAGUUGUGAAGCAGCUGACGUCCACUAGUUUGCUCCUUAAAGUGUUCACAAGUACUGUUUUUCACAGGGUGUUUAGUGGGGUAAUCAGAAUGCGAAGUUAGUUACCAUUUGCAUUUUAUUUUUCCUUUUCCUCUCCUUUUUUAAUCAAAAGCCAUUGGUAAAUGAGUUCAUGAGUUAUACACACUUAACACUGUUUGUUUUAAUGAUGUUCCAUUCUAAGUUAUGGGCAGCUCAUAAAAUAAGUUGCCCUGUAAUAGAAUGAUCAGUUUCCUUUCUUCUGCUCAUGUUCUGAGAAGCCUAUGCAUAGUGCUAGCUUUCCUGUUCGUUCUUCAUUAUAUUUGUCAUUUAUUUCUGCACUUGAAUGCUCUUUUACAGUGAAAGACAGUACUGGUGUCCAGAUGAAAAUUUAUUUUUGAAAUGACUCUUUGAAUGUAGACCGCACUCUGUUCUUUACUGUGAAAAUGUCUGUCAGUAUUGUUCAGGGUCCUGUCAAGUAAAAUACAAAAUCUUUUUUUUGAGCUUUAGAUCCAAUUAGCCUUAUGUUGGUCUUAAGAUUGAGAGAAAAACAGCAUAUUGCCCUGCUUUCACAUUGGUUUUGAUUAGGCUUACCAUGGAAAGCCAGUCCAACGCAUUGUUUCAGCCCUCUGCUUGCUGAAUGAUACGCUUAUUUCACAUCGUUUUGGGUGCACAAUUAUUUGCCUUGAAUCGAGUCUAUGCAUAUUUGUUUCCAACUAGUUUUUCCCUCAGAGAUUUGUAAAGAAUGUUAACCCAUUUCAUUUUACAAAUACCUGCUAAAAAGCAGUAGACAUAGUCUGCUGCUUUUUAACCCACCACCUUGAACCGCAAAGCCCGUUUGUAUUUUCUCAAGUGUAUAAUGAAUGAAUGAAUUAUGAAAUGGGAUCUUUGUGAUGGUUCUACAUGUGUUUGCCGUCGACUGUACUCUUCAUUAUGCCAGUGCAUUUUAAAUUUUUUUUGUGUUGUCUUUUCUGUGCCUACCAUGCAGUAAGUGUUUGAAUGCACCUGUUGAGAGCAGCUUAUAGGUACCAGGUGUUUGAUAAAGGAACAAAGAAAUGCCCCCUUUUGACUUAAGGCCUUGUGUUCUGGAAAUGUUUAAGGGAUACAGGGAAUCCUACACAUCCAGCAGACUGAUUUUUAGCUGCACUGAUUGACGUAUGCUGAAAGGUUGAAUCUUGUUUUAUUUUUUCAAUAUAGUCUUUUUUUUAAACUUCAUAUUUGUUGUGUGAUUGAUCCUCUUUUUAAGGAUAUGAUUUAAUGCUCACAAAGUUGAACAUGCAAUGUCAGUGUACUCCCAAGCAGCAGAUAUCUGCUAAAUUAUUUCAGUGCCCCUCUUGCAAAUAAUGGUUUCUGCAGUUUAUUUGAUAUUACCACUUUGUAGGAUCUUUUCCCUGCCUCAUACAUUCAUUUCUCAAAGCAAAGAUUACAGUAUCAACCAAGUUGAAAAACCGAUUAGAAUUCCCACGUAAUUUUAUACUAACGGGGAAAGGCAGAUACGUGUCCCGUUUUUAGUAUUUAACUGCUGUACUUAUUUCUUGGUCUGCUUCAACUUUGGAUUAAAACGCCUAAAACCCAA